GAUCGAUCGGAUCCAGAUGGGAGGUUGCGUUUCUUCUUGUAGAUCCUCGUCAUCGUCGAAGUCGCCGUCCUCGUCUGCGUUUAAGAAUAAUGUUCGUGUCGUUCAUCUCAACGGCUACGUGGAAGACUUUCUGGAGCCAGUUUCAGUGAGACAACUCACCGGCGAUCCUCCGAAGCACAUCGUUUGUACGACGCUUCACCUUCUGGCGUCGUCGGGGACGCCGUUGAAGGCUGACGUGCGGCUCCAGCCAGGGGAGGUUUACUUUAAGCUACCGUGCUCCGUCCUGCAGGCGGAUGUUUCUCCUGUCGACUUGGCCUCCCUCGCCAAGCGGCUCACUGCCAUAGCUAAAACAACUACGAGUACUGUGAGCUUAGCCGAAGAGGAAAAUGGAAAGCCGCCGCGGCUUGGCGGCGGCGUCCCUCUGGCGAGUCACCUUGGGUUGAGCCAUAGAGAUAGAGUUUCAGUAUCGGCUUGGAGAUUGCAAGGUGGAAGAAGGAGAGGAGGAGGAGGAAGAAGAAGCCCUUAUGGCCAUGGAGUUCAGCCAUGGAAACCCAUUUUGGAUACGAUCGGUGAAAGCUCGUUCAGUUCCAGAUGUAGUGAAUGAUCUGAAUCUAUAAUGCAAACAAAAUUCAUUUUUUAGUUUUGUUUUAUAUAUAUAUAUAUAUAUAUAUAUGUCAUCAUGAUGAUCCGAAAGUUGUUGUUCUUGAACAUAACAUCUCAAAUGAUAAAGGGAAGUAUAGUGGAAUUGCGCA